AUGAAAGGUUCUCAACCAAAAGUUCUUAGGCUGAAUCUAGGAUCCUCAGAUGAACUCCAAACCCCCUUCUAUUCUGCUGCUUCUUCACCUGAUUUGGAUGUUGGAAAGUUGCAGCGGCACAACAUGAAGCAUUCUACUCCUGUGAGCAGCCCUGAAGAACCAAGCACUUCUUACACAAGAACAACAGAAGAAAAUUCAUUAUCCAGCCCUGACACAGUGGCGUCUCAUUUCCUUGUCUAUGAACAAAAUCCACUUUUUGAAGGACCUAACAAGGGAAAGUAUAGCCCAAGUAAUAAACAAAAUAACUUGAAUGAUCCACUUACAGAACUUGACAUGGACAGGGAAAGGGUAGUUACUCUCUCAAGAAGACCAAAAUCAUCUGUAACUAGUAAUCAUAAGACUGUGUUAUGGAUUCCCCAAAAUCACGCUAUUGAUGAGAAGGCCCCAGCAAGCAGAAACUACAGAAAUACUCACAAAAUCAAAGCUCCCAGUACCAGAACUCUACUUGAUACAUUUACACAGUUUAAUCAGGACAUGGUAGAACCUGGGCUCAACCAAACUCCCGAAAGAGAGUACAUUUUCAACUCAACCGUCAGACAAGCAGUCUCGUUAAGCAGAACUUGCUCAAUACCUCCUCCAUUGUGCUCACUAUGUCAACAUAAGGCACCAGUUUUUGGAAAACCUCCAAGACGGUUUGAUUUCAAAGAACUGCAGGAAGCUACAGAUGGGUUCUCAGAUAUUAAUUUCAUAGCAGACGGUGGGUAUGGAACAGUUCACAGAGGGGUCUUGAAAGAUGGUCAGGGUUUGUAA